AUGUCCGACUACGGUCUUGACGAUCCUCCUCCAGAUGCUCUGGGAGACGACCGUCCAUCUGACAAUGAAGACGCUCUAGAUGAUAUUGCAAAUGAAUUUACCGGACCUCCUUCCGCACGCUCGGUCGUCGAUGGCGUCAAUGACGAGUCCGAUGAUGAAUCCCUACUUUCUGAAGUCGAUGAAGCGCAAUUUGCCGACUUCGAUGCUACUGCUGUCCAAGUCGCACCAGAUCUAGAAACGCUCUCGAAACACAUCAAAGCCAGCAAGCGUAAAAGAGCGGAAGGUGAAGCCCCGCCAAAGAAGAAGGAGGGCAGGAGAGAGAAGCCGAAGAGGUCGCGGAAGAAGGCAGACAGUGAUGACGGGUUCUCAGGGGGAGAGGAGAUCGAAGGGAAGCGGGCACGGAAAUCCAAAGGGGUAGAAGGCUCGUCAAAAGAACGGAAGAGGCGAGCACCUGCUCAGGAAGAGGUCAAUGAGGAACACUUGACUCCGGAGGAGAGACGUCGAAGGGCAUUGGAUCGAGCUAUGGAUGCUGCGUUGAAACGACCGAGUGCAAGAAGAUUGCGCAAGGGUGAUAUUGACCUGGAAUCCAGUGCCGAAGAAGAAAUCAACGACGUCCGUGGACGAAUGAUCAAAGCUGCAGAGGCUGAUGCCGCUGCCCACGAUGCUGGACAACCAGCUUUCCACAAGAUCAAGAUGCUUCCUGAAGUAACCGCAAUCUUGAACCGGAACACGCACAUGCAGGCACUUACAGACCCUGACAUCAAUCUCCUCGAAGCAGUCCGCUUUUUUCUCGAACCUCUCAAUGAUGGUGCGCUACCAGCCUACAAUAUUCAGCGAGAUCUGUUCGCAGCAAUUGCCAAACUACCAAUCAACAAAGAAUCCCUUAUAGCAAGCGGUAUUGGCAAAGUCACUCUCUUCUACACCAAGAGUAAGAAAGUUGAAGUUCACAUCAAGCGGCAAGCGGAGAAAUUGAUCCAAGAAUGGACACGACCGAUGCUACAGAAGAGCGACGAUCACACCAAGAAGGUCUACCCGAAAGUUGCAUAUGAUCCAUCGAGGAAGGUGGCGGCGACCCCAGAUUUGGUGCAGAGAGUGAAGAACACAGCGCCAGCAGAGAAGAAGAGCAAUCGUGCGAGAUUGUACAAGGGUGCUACGAGCUAUACAAUCGUUCCGGAGAGUCGAGUUCAUGUCUCACAAAGAUGA